AUGAUUCAUCAUUUUAGAGAAAAAAAUUCACUGAGUAGGUAUGUAUCGAAGCGUUGCUGGGGAAUGUUCCCCCUUGGGAAUAGCAUCUAUCAGAAUCAUAGAUGCACACUAUAUGCAGAAACUUCAUUAAAGACUUUGAAAAGAUUCUACAACGGUUAUAAUGAGAAGUAUUCUUCACAAAGAAUUAGAUACAAUGAGAAUUAUAAAAAAAGUGAUAAAGAAGAACCAUUUAAAGAAAAAGAUAAAUUUUAUGAAAAUGGUAAAGAGGAAAAGAUAAAUGGAUUUAUGUACUAUCCAGACUACAACUCUCCUUUUCCGUAUGUAACAAUUUGCAUUAUAUUGGGGAUGGUAGGAAUUUCUUCAUUCAUUCAACUUUUAAUUUAUAAUUUAAAAAAUUGUAAUGAUGAAUCGAGCAUCAUAUUACAAGUAAAUGAAAUCUUAAAUUAUCUAGAUAACUAUUUUAUAAUUCACAACUUUGAAGAACCUCCAAAAUGUGAAAGUAGCAAUGAAAAUGGAACAUUUAAUAUAAAAUAUUUAACUUCUCCAUUUUUUGCAAAUGAAAAUGUACUACAAUGUGCAGUUCAAUUAUCAACCUUUUUUUUAGCUUCUCGAUUUCUUGAAAAACAUUAUGGGUCCCUAAAAUUUGGCACCUUAUUUUUAUGUGGUUCCAUAUUUUCCAAUCUUAUUACUUAUCAUUUUUUGAAAUAUAUUGUUAAAAAAAUGGAAUCAUUAAAUUUCCUAAAUUUUGUUCUUAUACACCCAUCUGGAUCCAUGGCUUUUAUAUGUGCUCUAUGUUCCAUUUGCUUCAAAAAUUGUGCAAUUUGGAAAGGUAUACCUGUGCACUGUUCUAUUUUAGUCGUUCCCUAUUUGUUUUCUUCCUUUUACGGUUUCUUGUCUUUAUAUAAAAUUAGGAAACACAACUUGGAAACAUCACACGGAGAAAUGGGGUCUAAAAAGGCUGAUGCAAAACAAGGAAACUCUCUUCUCAAUAUGGACACGAAAAAUUACCCUCAUCAAGGUUCACAGCCAUACGGAGCAGAAUAUGAAGUAGCAGAUAUGAACAAAACGAGUUGUGGUAACACGAAUGAAUUAAUUGACCCCAACACCAGUAAUGAGAAAGAACGAUCAUAUGGUCAUCUGAAUCGUAAACUCAUGGAAAAUGAUAAAAUUGUUAUUCCUUUGCAGGGGAAUCAGAGCGAAGCCCUAAACACACUAAGGAACUUCUUAAUUGUAAAAGCAUGUGAUGCCAUUAUAAAGAGGAGAAAAAAAGAAAAUAUGUUUUUAAACAAAAAGUUUCAAAAUAUGAAAAAUGAAGCGUUAAGAAAUAUCAAUGAAAUUAAUAACAAUUCGAAAAAAAUAUUUUUUGGUAUUUCUUCUUCUUUUACGGAUAUAUUUGGCAUCCUCCUAGCCUCAAGUGCAGCUCUUCUUUUGAAAAUUUUAAAAUGA